AUGAAAAAAUUUGGGCUUCUCAAUUCUCCUGUACUUCAACACAGACAAAAACUAUUAAGUUGGGUUGUUUUCUUUGUUGGCUUCAUUGGACUUGCAAGGCCAGACGAGAAGCCAUCUUCUUCUCAAAACCCCAAAACCACUGUUCACAGUGAAGAUUUGGUGGUGGUUAUGGAUUUUGUGGUGCCGCGGAAGCCAGAAAAUAAAGCCCAAAGUGGCCACAAAACCAUUGAUGAAGAUAACAAUGGUGGUAUUGGAAGUCUCAGAUAG